ACCAGCACCUCCUACGGAAACCCCACUCUGGCCCACAACCUAACGCAACGCCGAUGCUGGCGUCCACAGGACAAGAGACAGCCAUGGGACGCGGGCGUGGCAGUGCAGAUGGCUGGCUUGCGAGCUGUCUGGGCUUCGCACACCGGGCUCAUAACCUCGUGUGUGUGUGUGUGCGUUCAUCGGUUUCGAGAGGAGCGGGGUGAAAGCUGGGCCACUCUCACGGCAACUCAGCGGCAAUGUUUGGUGAGAAAUUGCUCUGGUUGACUUGUCU